AUGAUGACAAAAUGUUCCUCUGACCGCAAUGUGUUCAAGCGCAAAUGGUUCCUCUUUCCAGCUUCCCAAUACACCUUUCGGCCUAUUCACCAAGCACGCCCCUGCGAAGUCCCCGCUGUGCACUUGGAGCCCAGUCCACCGUGGGAGGUGGGGUUGGGAUUACUAAGCCUGGAGUCAGAGUUUAGGAAACUAGGGCUCAGAGGCCGACGAUUGGCAGCCGCGCCUCCCGACUCCCUGGCCGAGGCUGCUUCCCAAACUCAGCCGCCUGUGACAAAUUUGAGCGUUUCUGUUGAAAACCUCUGCACGGUCAUCUGGACAUGGGACCCUCCUGAGGGAGCCAGCCCGAAUUGCACCUUAUGGUAUUUUAGUCAUUUUGACAACAAACAGGAUAAGAAAAUUGCUCCUGAAACCCAUCGUUCAAAAGAAGUGCCCCUGAACGAGAGGAUUUGUCUGCAAGUGGGAUCCCAGUGUAGCACCAAUGAAAGUGACAAUCCUAGCAUUUUGGUGGAAAAAUGCACCCCGCCCCCUGAAGGUGAUCCUGAGUCUGCUGUGACUGAGCUGCAGUGCGUUUGGCACAACCUGAGCUACAUGAAGUGUACUUGGCUCCCUGGAAGGAACACAAGUCCCGACACCAACUAUACUCUCUACUACUGGCACAGCAGCCUGGGAAAAAUUCUUCAGUGUGAAAACAUCUAUAGAGAAGGUCAACACAUUGGUUGUUCCUUUGCUUUGACUAAUUUGAAGGAUUCCAGUUUUGAACAACACAGCGUGCAAAUAGUGGUCAAGGAUAACGCGGGGAGAAUUAGACCAUCCUUCAAUAUAGUGCCUUUAACUUCUCAUGUGAAACCUGAUCCCCCACAUAUUAAACGGCUCUUCUUCCAAAAUGGUAACUUGUACGUGCAAUGGAAGAAUCCACAGAAUUUUUAUAGCAGAUGCUUAUCUUAUCAAGUAGAAGUCAACAACAGCCAAACAGAGACGCAUGAUAUUUUCUACGUUGAAGAAGCCAAGUGUCAGAAUUCAGAAUUUGAGGGAAACCUGGAGGGUACAAUUUGCUUCAUGGUCCCCGGCAUCCUCCCCGACACUCUGAACACAGUGAGAAUCCGGGUGAGGACGAAUAAGCUGUGCUACGAGGACGACAGGCUGUGGAGCAACUGGAGCCAGGCGAUGAGCAUAGGUGAGAACACCGACCCCACGUUCUAUAUAACCAUGCUGCUCGCCACCCCAGUCAUCGUUGCGGGUGCCAUCAUAGUCCUCCUGCUUUAUCUCAAAAGGCUCAAGAUCAUUAUAUUCCCUCCAAUUCCUGAUCCUGGCAAGAUUUUUAAAGAAAUGUUUGGAGACCAGAAUGAUGACAGCCUGCACUGGAAGAAGUACGACAUCUAUGAGAAGCAAACCAAAGAAGAAACUGACUCUGUUGUGCUGAUAGAAAACCUGAAGAGAGCCUCUCAGUGAAGGGGCUAAUUUAUUUUACCCUUCGACGUGACGAUUCAUCCCACUCUCCAUUUGUUAUCUGGGAACGUGUUAAAAGGAAAGCGAAACUACUGGGCCAUUUAAAAACAGGCAGCUCGUAAGAGCCACGGUCUUCAUGUCAAGUCGUGCACUGAGAAACUAAACACAAGGGGCUCUUUGGCGAAGAGAGCGGAGUCAUUGUCGUUGAAUUAGAAAAGCAGACCUCCCUCGCGAAGGCUUCAAAGUAGGGGGCAAAGCAAACAGCGGUGAUGGCGGUAGAGUUCAUCUUAUCCAGGGUUGUGACGACUUCUGAGGGUUCUGUGCCUGCUUUGUACGCUUCGUGUCCAACCACACCGAUGCAUUUUAUGUGGGGGCGGGGGGAGGAAACUCAUUCUGGAUGCAGGCGCUAAUGCCAGACUUGAGUCACGGCGAGCAUCUACCAAACGAACUUGAUGGAGUCUAUCACAAACGAAAUUGAUGAAACCUAUUAUCCGUUGUUCGGGA